AUGAAAAGUGGUCUCGGCCCCCAACAGCACAUGCUCCACCAGAAGGCACGAGAACCCAUUCCGACUGGCAUGUUCUCGAAGCUUGCAGUAGACAUUGAACAUGAAACUUUGCUAGUCUCAUUUGAUUGCACCCACGACAAGAGUGACGAACACGUCGUCCGGCUCACGAGGCAGCAAGAGGCCGGACAACUCGACUACUACAAAUCAACAUUUUCUUGUGAGGUGGCGUUAAUAAGAUCUACUUGUAUUUGGCCACACUACUCUAAUUUGAUUGAGUAG